GGAUGAGAGCACUUAAAGUCGCCCCCGGCGCGGCGCCGGGCAGCCAAGGCGGACAGAGGCAGACACAGCGGCUGGCGGUAACAGAGUACUGUUUGGCAGCACACCAUUUGUGGAGAGAGACGAGUAGGCUGGACUGAAUACCCAGGUUCGAGGCCGCCCUCGCUGCAGCUCAGCUCUUGGUGAAAGCAGCCCUCCUGGCUAUGGGAGGGGCUGUGGUGGAUGAGGGUCCCACCGGCAUCAAGGCCCCCGAUGGGGGCUGGGGCUGGGCCGUCCUCUUUGGCUGUUUUAUCAUCACGGGUUUCUCCUACGCCUUCCCCAAGGCGGUCAGCGUCUUUUUCAAGGAGCUUAUGCAUGAGUUUGGAAUUGGCUACAGCGACACGGCUUGGAUCUCCUCCAUCCUGCUGGCCAUGCUCUAUGGCACAGGACCGCUCUGCAGUGUGUGUGUGAACCGCUUUGGCUGCCGGCCUGUCAUGCUUGUGGGUGGCCUCUUUGCGUCCCUGGGAAUGGUGGCUGCGUCCUUCUGUAGAAGCAUUAUCCAGAUCUACCUCACCACGGGGGUCAUCACUGGCUUGGGUCUGGCUCUCAACUUCCAGCCUUCCCUCAUCAUGCUCAACCGAUACUUCAACAAGCGUCGCCCUAUUGCCAAUGGGUUGGCAGCGGCAGGCAGCCCAGUGUUCCUUUGUGCACUGUCUCCACUGGGGCAGCUGCUGCAGGACCACUAUGGCUGGCGGGGUGGCUUUCUCAUCCUGGGGGGCCUGUUGCUCAACUGCUGCGUGUGUGCUGCACUCAUGAGGCCGCUGGUGGCACCACAGGUGGGUGGAGGGACUGAGCCCCAAGGACCCCAGCGGCCGCCUCAGCGCCUGCUAGACCUGAGUGUCUUCCGAGACCGCGGCUUCCUCAUCUAUGCCGUGGCUGCCUCAAUCAUGGUGCUGGGACUCUUUGUGCCUCCGGUCUUUGUGGUGAGCUAUGCUAAGGAUAUGGGUGUACCCGACACAAAGGCCGCCUUCCUUCUCACCAUCCUGGGCUUCAUCGACAUCUUUGCCAGGCCCACGGCUGGUUUCAUAACAGGCCUCAAGAAGGUGCGGCCCUACUCUGUCUACCUCUUCAGCUUUGCCAUGUUCUUCAAUGGCUUCACUGACCUGACAGGCUCCACAGCCACUGACUACGGUGGCCUGGUGGUCUUUUGCAUCUUCUUUGGCAUCUCAUAUGGCAUGGUGGGAGCACUACAGUUUGAGGUGCUCAUGGCUAUCGUGGGCACUCAGAAGUUCUCCAGUGCCAUUGGUCUCGUGCUGCUGCUGGAGGCUGUGGCUGUGCUCAUUGGACCCCCGUCAGGAGGCAAGCUGCUGGAUGCAACCAAAGUUUACAAGUACGUGUUCAUCCUGGCGGGGGCCGAGGUGCUCACCUCCUCCCUUGUGCUGCUGCUGGGCAACUUCUUCUGCAUCGGGAAGAGGAAGAGGCCCGAGGUGACAGAGCCUGAGGAGGUGGCCUCAGAGGAGAAGCUCCACAAGCCCCCUGUGGACGUGGGGGUGGACUCGAGGGAGGUGGAGCACUUCCUGAAGGCAGAGCCUGAGAAAAAUGGGGAGGUGGUUCAUACCCCGGAAACCAGCGUGUGAGCGGCCUGGCCGGGCGGGCAGGGAGCAGGGAAGAGGUCCAGAGACUGGCAACGCUCAUAUUUAUUUCACAAACAGGACCAGCUGAGGCGGGCGGGGCCAUCGGCUCAGCUCUUGGCUGCCUGGUCAGCUGGUCAGUGUUUUGCGGGGAGAGGUGGCGGGGUGGGAACCGCGUCAUUCCAAAGUGGAUCUGCGGUGAAGCCAAGGAAGCCCCAUAGUUAUCAGCCGCCUAAACCAGGGACCCAGCCUGCUGAGCCCAAGCAGCCUGUGGCUCCCCCCGCCCCCUCCCCACCUCCCAUCCCCACUGUGGCCAAGGACCUAGAAACCCACACUUAGGAGACAACACGACUUUAAUCAGAGGGCAGGGCUGGGACAGGCUGGCAGGUGGACACUGCCUGCAAGGUCCUUCCUGAUCCCACCAUCCUACCUACCCCCACCUCCAGCCUUAGUCUCCUCCAUUGCCAAUUGUCCAUCUCUGCCUAGGGGACAAAGAAAUCCUUCUACCUGAGAAGGCAGAAAUAGACCUGCCCGUGGGAGGAGCAUCAAGGGGCCUGUCUCUAGGAGCUGUGUGGUUCUGGGCAGUGGUCUGUUCACCCUGAGUCCCACCCUUUGUUAAAUAACAAACUGCUGAUUCUUAAAAAGUGGUUCUGGCCCUCAUUAGCUCUUCCAGUUCUGCCUGCUGUAACAUUCUCUGCUGCCCCUAGGAUUUGUUCAAUAGCCACAGCAUUCAUACAGCAGGAAGAAAGGGGGAGAGGGGAAUAGCAAGGGAGGGAGCCCCAUGCUAGAGAGGGGUACCUGGGUGGCAUUUGGAGGCGAGCUGAGGUAUAGCAUAAGCUGUUCACUGUG